CAAACUUAUUAUAAGAAUCCAAGUUAUUUCAUGAAGAUUUUGCAAGACUCAUGGGUGCUUCUCGUGACAAACCCUCUUUAUGUUUCGAAUCUCUUUGUUUUCAGGUUUACAUGUUUGAUUUAUGUUGAGCUUUGCAGGGUUAUCUGUGAUGAAGGACAUGAAAUACAACAAUAAUGAAGAUGGUGAAAGCCAGCAGAGACAGAACGCCAAGCACAAAGAGUUCGCGAGAGCCAGUGGCAGCAAAAAGAGAAGAAAAUCCGAGGGUGCAGAGGAGAUGAGAGUGAACAGAGCAGCCACAAGGAGAAGUGGAGGUGAUGGGAGCCCCUUCGGAAGGGAUAAGGCUGAUGGCUCUCACAUUCCAUCCAUGGAAGAUGAGCCAGCUUUUUCCAAGAGCGCUACACUUACUGCAACGAAUGAAGCUGCAGAUGAGCUCACUUCACAACCUGAAUUCCUCUAAGUCAUUAUCCAAAGAAGUUUCCUGGUAGCGUGUGAGAACCUCGCUUCUAGGGAUUCUCGAUACUGAUCUUCGGCACUCGGGAUUAUACGUAACAAAGAGGGAUUUAGGGAUUGAGAUAAGGAAUUAGGGAUGUAGAUGAGAAAGAAUAGAAUUGGGAAUCGGCCGAGGCCUUGGACUAGGAUGAGACGAGAAAUUAGGAGUUGAGAGGAUAAACUAGGGUUUAAGGA